AUGAUUAGUAGACAGGUUCAUACUGAAGUUUCAGGUCAAAAAGAAGUGGAAAUAGAGCUGGAGGGCUUAGAUAGUAAGCAAGAGAUUCUUUACAGUAUAAUGAUCAAAAGUUCAGUCUCUCUCCUUACACCACUUGAAUUUUCAGAAGCUGAUUACCCACGAGUUGAAUAUCAAAGAAGACAGCAGUUUUGGGAUCCUAUACGUCUAGCUCUUUUCACUUUGGCAAUUGUAGCAAUCAUAGGAAUUGCAAUUGGUAUUGUUACGCAUUUUGUUGUUCAGGAUGAUAAGUCAUUCUAUUACCUUGCCUCUUUUAAAAUCACAAAUAUAAAAUACAAAGAAAAUUAUGGAAUGAAAAGCUCAAGAGAGUUUAUAGAAAGGAGUCAUCAGAUUGAGAGAAUGAUGUCUAGGAUAUUUCGACGUUCUGGAGGGAGUCGGUUUAUCAAAUCUCAUGUCAUCAAACUGAGUCCAGAUGAACACGGCGUGAAAAUUCUUAUGGUGCUCAUGUUUCGAUACCCGUCUACUGAUAGUGCUGAGCAAAUCAAGAAAAAAAUUGAAAGGAUUUUAUAUCAAAGUCUGAAGACAAAACAAUUGCCUUUGACUAUAAACAAACCAUCCUUUACACUCACAUCUAUUGACAGUAAAAAGAUGAGGAAUCUUCUCAGCAGCCGCUGUGGAAUUAGGAUGACAUCUUCAAAUGGGCCUUUGCCAGCGUCCUCCUCUACCGAAAGGGUUGUCCAAGGGAGGCAAACAGCUCUGCAAGGGGAGUGGCCGUGGCAGGUCAGCCUCCAGCUCAAAGGGGCAGGCCAUCAGUGCGGAGCCAGCCUCAUCAGUAACACCUGGCUGCUCACAGCAGCUCACUGCUUCCGCAAAAAUAAAGACCCAAGUCAAUGGAUUGCUACUUUUGGUACAACAAUAACACCACCUGCAGUGCAGCGAAGCCUGGGGAAAAUUAUCGUUCACGAAAACUACCACAGAGAAACAAAUGAAAAUGACAUUGCUUUGGCUCAGCUUACUACUCGAGUUGAGUUUUCAAAUAUAGUCCAGAGAGUUUGCCUUCCAGAUUCAUCUAUAAAGUUGCCACCUAAAACAAGUGUUUUUGUCACAGGUUUCGGAUCCAUUGUAGAUGAUGGACCCACACAAAAUAAACUUCGGCAAGCCAGGGUGGAAACCAUAAGCACUGAUGUGUGUAAUAGGAAGGAUGUAUAUGAUGGCUUGAUCACGUCGGGAAUGCUGUGUGCUGGAUUCAUGGAAGGAAAAGUAGAUGCAUGUAAAGGUGAUUCUGGUGGACCACUGGUUUAUGAUAAUCAUGACAUCUGGUACUUAGUUGGUAUAGUAAGUUGGGGACAAUCAUGUGCUCUUCCCAAAAAACCUGGGGUUUACACCAGAGUGACUCAGUAUCGAGAAUGGAUUGCCUCCAAGACUGGAAUCUAGUGUGAACUGUCCAUGAACUCUAUCCAUGGCCCAUGAAGCUGAAACACCUGCAUAUUGUAUAUUAUUUAUAACCAUGUGGUUUGGAUCAGUGGUUUUUCUGGAUGUCAAGAAAUCCUCUGAGACCAAUCUAGUAUCACAAGGUGGUCUUUGCAUACAAAUGACUGAACUCUUUCUCUGCCCUGAGG